GGAAGAUGCUUUCCAACCCACCUGCUCCAGACAAUGAAACUCCUCAGUUAUAUUUUGGCUUAUCGACAAUUUCUCCUUGUGGUGUUCAGUGUGCUGGUUUUACUCCCGCUUCCUCUCGUCCUCCACGCUAAGGAAGCAGAAUGUGCCUACGUACUCUUCGUUGUAGCCAUAUUUUGGAUCACAGAAGCUCUACCUCUGUCAGUCACAGCUUUGCUGCCUGGUUUAAUGUUCCCCAUGUUUGGGAUCAUGCGUUCUACACACGUGGCAUCUGCUUAUUUCAAAGACUUUCACCUGCUGCUAAUUGGAGUCAUCUGUUUAGCAACGUCAAUCGAAAAAUGGAAUUUGCACAAGAGGAUUGCUCUGAGGAUGGUGAUGAUGGUGGGUGUGAACCCAGCACGGCUGACCCUGGGAUUCAUGAGCAGCACUGCCCUCCUAUCCAUGUGGCUUAGCAACACCUCUACUACUGCCAUGGUGAUGCCCAUUGUGGAAGCUGUGGCACAGCAGAUCAUCAGGGCUGAAGCAGAGGCCGAGGCCACUCAGAUGACUUAUUACAAUGAAUCUGCCAACCGUGUCCUGGAAGUUGAUGAAACUGUUAUUGGACAAGAAACAAAUAAGAAGAAAGAGAAAACAAAACCAAAAUACAGUAAUGAUGCAGAGAAAGUUUCAAGCAAGAUGGAUAUGGAAAAGAACUCAAUCACAGGAGCAAAAUAUCGGUCAAAGAAGGAUCACAUGAUGUGUAAACUUAUGUGUUUGUCUAUUGCUUACUCUUCUACCAUUGGUGGAUUGACAACAACUACUGGUACCUCCACAAACUUGAUCUUCACUGAGCAUUUCAACACACGCUAUCCUGAUUGUGAUUGCCUCAACUUUGGAUCAUGGUUUUUGUUUUCCUUCCCAAUUGCUAUUAUUCUUCUACUCUUGUCCUGGAUCUGGCUUCAGUGGCUUUUCCUGGGAUUCAAUUUUAAGGAGUUGUUCAAAUGUGGCAAAACCAAAACUGUGAAAGAAAAAGCUUGCGCUGAGGUGAUCAAGCAAGAAUACAAAAAACUUGGCCCAAUGAGGUAUCAAGAAAUCGUGACCUUGAUUCUCUUCAUUAUAAUGGCCCUUUUAUGGUUUAGCCGAGAUCCUGGCUUUAUCUCUGGUUGGUCUGAACUUUUUUCAGAGAAUCCUGGUUUUGUUACAGAUUCAACUGUUGCCUUAAUUGUAGGACUCCUUUUUUUUGUAAUUCCAGCUAAAACACUGACGAAAACUACACCUACAGGAGAAACUGUUGCUUUUGGUUACUCUCCACUGAUUACUUGGAAAGAAUUCCAGUCAUUCAUGCCUUGGGAUAUAGCCAUUCUUGUUGGUGGAGGGUUUGCCCUGGCAGAUGGCUGUGAGGUAUCAGGACUAUCUAAGUGGAUAGGAAAUAAAUUAUCUCCUCUAGGUUCAUUACCAGUAUGGCUAAUAAUUCUUAUAUCUUCUUUGAUGGUCACAUCUUUAACCGAGGUAGCCAGUAACCCAGCUACCAUCACCAUCCUCUUCCCAAUAUUAGCUCCACUGUCUGAAGCCAUUCAUGUGAACCCUCUUCAUAUUUUGCUGCCUUCUACUCUGUGUACUUCAUUUGCAUUCCUUCUACCAGUAGCAAAUCCACCCAAUGCCAUUGUUUUCUCAUAUGGCCAUCUGAAAGUCAUAGACAUGGUUAAAGCUGGACUUGGCGUUAAUAUUUUGGGUGUUGCAGUGGUGAUGCUCGGCAUGUUCACCUGGAUUGAACCCAUGUUUGACCUCAACACUUACCCUUCUUGGGCUCCUGCAAUUGUUAAUGACACCAUGCCAUGACAAGCACAAAAUUUCUUACCAUUUCUUGGCAACUUUGAAGAACCAUUAAGAAUCCACUAUAAGAUGUGGUUGUAUAACUAAGGACUCAUUUAAAUCAUUCAUAGUGUAGCCACUACUAUUUCAAUGAAUACUCAAAGCCUGCUGUCAUAACUUGAAGUUCAUGUUGCUUUUGAGAUGCAACCAGAGUGUCUGCGUGCUUCAUCAAGAACCCUGGGGUUGAGAUUUUGCUCGUAGGCUAUCUGAUCUUGCUUCAUCAUAAGAAUAAUUUAUAGCUUGACCUUUAAGAGCGUAGGUCAUUUGCUUCAUCUUACAGUUAAAGUUCAGUAUAACAUUUCAAACAUCAAUGUAUUAUUUCAGAAAUUUCCCAUCAAACUAAAAACAGCAAAUAAAGCAUAACAGUUAAUUAGGUACUUAGAUAAAUCAUUUCUGUACCAUUUUUCAAGGAAAUUUGCUGAAAAACAAAAAGCCAGGGCCAUCUGGUGUGUAGAGAAAAGUUUAAUCAAAAUGAAAUUCCUCACUUAAAAAAAUCCAAUUGGAUAAAUUUUAAUAUAUAUAUAUAUAUAUAUAUAUAUAUAUAUAUAUCAUAUGAAAAUAGAAAUUUGAAGUAGUACAUAAUUCCAAAAUUAUAAGCUGAAUCCACUAAAUAACAGAAAACUCAUAAAGAUUAAUUUCUAUUUGACCCUCUUUAUAAAUUAAUAUUUCAUACUUUAUUAUGAUCUUUGCACUUAGAAAGCAUUUUGGAUAGCUAUGUAUAAAACUUUUAAGAUUUUCACUAACUAGCACAGCAUAGUAAGAAAGGAAACCUAAACAUUAUAAAACUAUUAAUACAUUUAUGCAUGUAUACAACAUGCAUAAGUUUUUAUCUUAUUUUAGAAAUGUUGUGUUAAAAUAGGAAAUAUAGAAAUCUAAAUGAAUUAUCACUGUGUAUAUGAAAUGAGAAAAAUGUCAUGUAAUUCAUUAUAUCAAAAUUGAAAGGAGAUAUCAGAGGGAAAAUGGAAAAUUAAAAUGAAAUAUUUAAAAGAGAAAAAUAAAAUAUUUAUGAAUACACCAAAAGGAAAAUAAAGGGAAAAACCCUGAAUACUCAGACAAAAAAAUAAAGAAGACAUAAAAAACGUAAGGUCUAUUGGCAUUAAAAAAUUGGACUACAGCAAAUGAUAUAGCAAUCAAAACAAAACAAUGUGCACAAUUAGGAAAAUAUGGAGAUGUUAGAUCACACAAUUCUCAUGCUAAAAAUAAAAUAGAAGACAAGGUCAAAAGCACACCUUUUCUAUUUUUCAUAUUCAUAGGCAUCUUUAUAGAUGUUAAAGAACUAGUGUGGACUGUUUGAAAUAAAAUUAUUUUUGAAAUUCAA